UCAACAUCGUCGGGCCUUCAAUAAUCCAGCAUCCACCACGUUGCUGCGGGAAUCAGUGGCGGGCGCGUUAAGUGGUUUGCUUCGCGUGACCACACCGGAACUUCCACAAGAGCUAAGAAAAGCUUUGAUCUGACGCAAAUGGAGCAUUAUCGGUCCAUUACCAUUGCAGUACCCAACAACACAUUGUUGCAAAAGAUAUGAGGAUCUCUCAGCCGCUCUCAACCUUCAAGUUCUCGGUCGCUCAAAUGCAGUCAGUAUUCGACUGCUGCUGCACAGUAAACAAUCAUACCCAUUGAUGAUUUCAUCCCACCCAGAUGCCACCUCGUCGACCGGUGUCGCCGCUUACUCUGGAAACAUGCUCUCCGCCGACAUCCGAUCUAGACAACAGUGGUCUUCUUGGCUCCGACGAUGAACUGAAUGACGAGGAGCUUGAUGCGCAACGUCAGAGGAUUGAGAAACUUGCCGAGUCAUAUCUCCAGGGCAAACCCCUCUUCAUUCUCUCCGCUUCUCUACGGGGGCGCUUCGAUGAAGGCUGGGUAAACCCUUGGAAAACCAAUAGAAAACGAACGAUACCGCCUGACCACAAGACGAUACGGCCGCCCAAAGAGCCCGAGAUUCCAGCUAGCCCUGUGAUACAUGAAACCAACUCUCGGAGAAGAAGAACAUACCAAGAGCCCCGGGAAAAACGCGAUUCGAGGCCACCCACUGUCGCUCCAGAUUCAGAUGUCCGUUUUUCGGGUCACAGUAGAGAUGCUUCUGCUCCCCUCGGUCGCUCGCGUGAUAAACGAAAAAGGAAGUCAGUUUCUCCGAGCACGCCUCGGACGUCAAUACCGUGGGCGAGGCCAGUUGAUUCGAACGCACAGUUGCAGCUUUCCAGCACUUUGAAACACACAAGUGAAGCUUGGUUAAAGAAAGACCGGAAACAGGUUAGCUUUCAAAAUGUUGACCCCCCCACAUCACCAACAACAACAUUGUCAUCCCGCUACUCAACCAAGAGUCGCGCCUCUAAAGACGCUAGAAACAACAGCCAGACUACAUCUUUUGAGCAUCAAGACGGAUCCUUUUCAGAACGUCGCACAUCAUUUUCCCCUGAACAUGAUGGCCCCGAUCCUGACCCUCUCGAUGUCAGCCGGAUCCCAAACAGCAUCGCCUCUUCCCCUGCCAAGCAGCAGGACCUUCCCGGUCUUGGAAUUGAAGCGGCCACAUCCGGUGCCGUGAGGCAAGGCCCUUCAUUUUGUGUCCUAGCGCCAUCGUCGCAUCUACCGCAAUUUGAGUACCGUCGGAGGAAGCCCCGUGUCUCCAACGAAACAAGAAGCUCUAAAUCCCCUAUCGCCGGGGAUAUGGACGCUGAAGAAGCGCCACGCCCAUCAGAUUGCACAAAAGGUAGCCAACCUGCAGAGAAAGAGGCAUUAUCUCCACAAGAUAUGUUUUUGGCUCAUCCCAAUCGACAUAGCCGGUCUGAGGUCGACAAAGACCCUAAAGACCUUUUCAUUUCUACUAGCACUACAAAAGCGAUUGGCAAUAUAUCUGUUUCUCAGUCGGCGAAGUUUCGAUCUACAAGCACUGUGAAUAAGGGGAACACUAGUGAGAGGUUACCGUCAGCUCAACAAGUGCAUGCAAACCCAACCAUGACAGACAUCACGUCCUUGCACUCGAUUGCAGUACCAAGAAGCAACUCAGAGUAUGACGGUGACACCAUCCCCGAUCCUCAAUUCUCUACUCAGGCGGCUCUCCUUCACGCACAGAGGUCGUUCCAGAAUGACCUCGACAGCCCGGAACAUGAUAUAGCAUAUCCAGAGAGGCAGCACACUCCUAAUUCCUCCAACCUUUCUUCGCCUAUAGCGAAGGAUACUACUCCUUUCCAUCGACUGUCCACACCCAAUAGAGCUGGGGCAAGUAGUGGGGUCAAGGCACCUAUGACUGCCGGCCAGUGGCAAAGCACCCAGUGCAUGAUUGAUGCGGUUACGCCGUUUACCUUCAGUACAGAAAAGAAGCCAAACCGUCGGACUAUGUCCCCAGUGAAGCACUUAACAGGUAGAAAGAAAUUAAAAACUGCCAGCUUUAAACUAUCAUCACCACCCUCGUCAGCUUCUAGUGAGGUACAUUGCGAACAGGACAAUAGUUACAUACACUCAAGUCCUCUUCACCGUCGGUCUCCUGGGCAUGAGACACAGCAUAGCGUUCUCCCAAUGACAUUAACGGGGACAACACCACCCACCGCUCAGGAAGGGCAGCAGGGCUUUCCAGGUGCCGACAGCUUUAACCUUACUCAGGCGAUCGCCGAUGCAGGCAGCUGGCUGCAGCAGAGCUUCGACCUCAAUAGGGAUCUCAAACUCUGUGAAACUUCCAAGUCUGGUCCAACUUCUUCGACUGGCACACGGCAAUCUGCAAUGGGCGCGGAUGGUAAAAAGUGACAGACAUCAUAUAACCAGGCUUUUCAAGUGUUCAUAAAUCAUAUAUCACAUUUUCCCAGACGGAAAACACGACGGAGCUGGUCUUCCCUCGAGGCGGCAGUCCUCUGUGUCUCUAUAUUUGGCCUUCUCAUUUUUCAAGAUUUCACCUGUGACGCAUUUACGAUUUGAUACUUUGUAAAUAGAGAUAUAUACCCUCGCUAGCCACCAGUCCUUUCUUACAGUCGCAUAUUGUCA